AUGGCGCUUUCUCCAUACAACUCUCCAAUCGACCCAUCGUUGUAUUCCACCCUUGCGUUUUUUCUGAUGAUCGCUGGACUCGGAUCUUCGGCUUACUUUUUUGUCGAGCAAGUGACAAAGUCCAAAAACGUCCGCUCUCUAUCAAAGGAUUUUUCCCUCGCGCUCGUUUCUGCCAUCUUCAUGGGUCUUGGAAUGAUGUUCACCAUGCUCACUGUUGGCAUCUAUGUCUAG